AUGGAGGAGUCUCACGCUGGCCUCCAGGAGAGACUUGAGAAAAUUUCUGUCAAAGAAGAACUGAAUUUAAAUGUGGACCUGUUUUCUCCUGAUAAUAACAAGCAGGGCCAGGAGGGAGAAAGACAAAAGAGGGAGGGGCGGGAGGGCAGGCAGCAGUCACGUCAAAACAGAAAACCACCCAAACGCUGCUCGGAAGGGACGCUGGCGGGGCUCCGUGGCUGCCAGUGGGAGCGAGGGGAGCCUGGAGGCCUGGCCAUGGGAGCAGACGUGCCCUGCAGGCCAGCUCCAGCCCCUGCCCGCUCUGGUCACCAAGGAGUGGACGGGGUGGAUUUUGAAAAGAAAUCAAGAGAGUCCCAAAAUCAGUGGCGGAGGCCCAGGCUGGCUCCCUGCGCUACCACGGCGCUUGGGAAGAGUCACCGGGACCCGUUCGCAACCUCCGUGGGCCAGCACAUAGAAAAGGCUACAUUUGCUGGAGUUCAGGCUGAACACUGGGGCCAGCUUAUGCACAUCUGUGACAUAAUUAACACUGCCCACGAUGGGCCAAAAGAUGCAGUAAAAGCUUUGAAGAAAAGGAUUUCCAAAAACUACAAUCAUAAAGAAAUCCAACUUACCUUGUCACUUAUUGACAUAUGCAUACAGAACUGUGGUCCAAGUUUCCAGUCUCUGAUUGCGAAGAAGGAAUUGGUUAAAGAUAGUCUAGUUAAGCUGCUGAAUCCCAGAUAUACCUUGCCAAUAGACAUUCAGAAUAGAAUUUUGAAUUCCAUUAAGAUGUGGUGGCAGGGGUUCCCAGGAGGUAUGGAUGUAAGUGAAGUGAAAGAAGUGAGAAAGAUGGAUCUCCUUAAGAAAGAUGUUCAGUUUCCUCCAUCAGAUGCUGAAACAGCCAGACUGGGUCAGACUGGGUCUGAAAACCGUGAAGACAAAGAGCUUCUGCAGAAACUUUAUCAGACAGGUCGGGAGAUGCAAGAGAGGAGCACGGACCUGCUCGUGGUGGCGGAGAAGGAAGAUGUCACUGUUGAGCUAGUUCAAGUGAAUGAGGAUUUUAGUAACACCACCCUUGGAUAUGAGAGGUUUACUCGAAACCAACAAAGGAUUUUGGAGCAAAAUAAGAACCAGGGGGAAGAUGCCAAUACUAGCAGUGAAACUUCUGCCCCAUCCUCUGAUCUCCUUGACCUGAGUCCCAGCCCUCCAACACACAGGGCCACUCUGGGAGAAUACAACACCCUGAAUGCUCAGCUUUCAGACUUAAAUUUCAGCUCUCCAAGUCCUGUUGUAACAAACAACCUGAAACCCAGUCUUCAUCCACAGGUGGAUUUGCUACCCUCGGAAAAUACAGAAACACCCCUGUUUGCCCAAAGGACCAGCCAAAACCUUGCCUCAAGUCAUACAUAUGAGAGUUUUCUGGAAUAUUCAAAUUCAGUAUUACUACAGCCGGUUAGUCUACAGACCAUUCCAGCGACACCAUCAAAGCAGAGACUACCAUCCUUGCCCAGCAAUCAACCAGCGAUGACAAAGAAUGAUUUCCAGCCACCCAAUUACUACAAGGUAAUGGAGUUUGAUCCAUUAGCUCCUGCUGUCACCACAGAAGCUAUUUAUGAAGACACUGAUGUAUAUCACUACAAAGGAGCUCAAAGUCACUAUGACUGUUGA